ACAGACCUCAGUCGGAGAGCUGUUGUGGCUGACUCACCGCUUCUGUUCGACCCCUACUUCUUCCCUCUGAGUCGAAUCUCUUCUAAUUUCUGUAGGCUCGGAGCUAUUUCUGCGUGUGUGCACUCAUUCUAAUUCCAGUUUUUUUCGGGGCGCUUACUAUGCGCGAGGCGUGGAAGGGGAAGAAAUGAAGAUAAUGAGAUGCAGUUUUCUGGAGGAAAUCGGAGAAGACUGAGGUUGGGAGGUGACCAAAGGAAUGCUUGCUAUCCUCAUAGCCUUCAGUUUUACUUGGAGCCACCUUCUGAAAACAUAUCUUUGAUUGAGUUUGAAAGCUUGGCUAUUGAUAGAGUUAAAUUGCUAAAAACAGUCGAAAAUCUUGGUGUGAGCCAUGUGAAAGGAACCGAGCAAUACCAGAGUAAAUUGGAGGCUGAGAUAAGAAGGCUCAAGUUUUCCUUCAGAGAAAAUGUAGAAAAUGAAUAUGAACGCCGAAGAAGAGAUCAUAUUUCUCACUUUAUUUUACGCCUUGCUUAUUGCCAGUCUGAGGAUCUUAGACGCUGGUUCAUUCAACAAGAAAUGGAUCUCCUUCGAUUUCGAUUCAGUAUUUUACCCAAAGACAAGAUUCAAAGUUUCUUAAAGGAUAGCCAUUUGCAUUUUGAGGCCAUAAGUGAUGAAGAGAGGAGUCUCCGAGAACAUGAGAUUAUUGCUUCAUCAACCUCUUCGAGUGCGUCUAAGUCGGAGUUGGAGUUGGAGUCAGUUUAUAAGAUCCCUUUUGCUGAUGCUCUGGAUUUGUUCCGAGGAAGGAAAGUCUAUUUGGAAGAUGGCUUUGCUUAUGUACCACUUAAAGAUAUUGUGGCAAUUGUCCUGAAUGAAUUUAGAGCCAAGCUGUCCAAGGCUUUGGCAUUAACAGCCAGGUCCUUGCCUGCUGUGCAGUCAGAUGAGAGACUUCAGCCUCUGCUUAACCAUCUCAGUCAUUCUUACACUGGUCAAGAUUACAGUACACAGGGAAAUGCUGGGAAGAUUUCUUUGGAUCAGAUUGAUUCGCUUUCUACCAAAUCCUUCCCACCUUGCAUGCGACAGUUACAUAAAGCUUUGCGGGAAAAUCACCAUCUUCGUCAUGGGGGCCGAAUGCAGUAUGGCCUCUUCCUGAAGGGCAUUGGUUUAACACUGGAACAGGCAUUGCAAUUCUGGAAGCAGGAAUUUAUCAGAGGAAAGAUGGAUCCAGACAAGUUUGACAAAGGCUACUCUUACAAUAUCCGUCAUAGCUUUGGAAAGGAAGGCAAGAGAACUGACUAUACACCUUUCAGUUGCAUGAAGAUUAUUCUAACCAAUCCACCAGGCCAAGGGGAUUAUCAUGGGUGCCCAUUCCGUCACAGUGAUCCAGAGCUGCUGAAGCAGAAGUUGCAGUCAUACAAGAUCUCUCCCGACGGGAUAAGCCAGAUUUUGGAUUUAGUAAAAGGGACACAUUACCAAGUAGCCUGUCAGAAGUACUUCGAGAUGACACAUAAUGUGGAUGAUUGUGGCUUUUCUUUGAGCCAUCCUAACCAGUUCUUUUUUGAGAGCCAACGGAUUCUAACUGGUAGUAAAGACAUCAGAAAGGAGUCCAUCCAACCAGAAGCUCCUCAACCCAAACCAAGUGUCCAGAAAAACAAGGAUGCAUCAUCUGCUCUGGCCUCUCUGAAUUCCUCUCUGGAAGUGGAUAUGGAAGGACUAGAGGAUUACUUCAAUGAAUGAUUCUUAAGCGCUUAAGAACCCUUUUUCCUCUCUAGCUUUCAUUUCUUUCAAGAUUUUGCCUGUUUCUUUUUUAACCUCUUUGUCUACUCCCUCCACCCCACCCCAGUUCAUCCUCUGGAAAGCAGGCUUACGGGUAAAAACAAAGACCUCCAUUCUAUUUUGCUUUGACAAAAGGGAAAAAAGGAAGAAUUUCUCUUGAAAUCUUACACUUGAGUGGUGUGAUCUAAGUCCUGUUUUAGGAGACAUAACAGCUUUCUAGACUGCUUAUAGUUUCCUAGAGACAGUAGAACUAAAAACAACUAUUAACCCUUACCACUGUAAUUUUUACUUAAUCCUUUUCUGGACCAUUUUUGUCAAUAAAUACAAAAAUGUGUAUUGA